AUCAAAUAAACCAUGGUAGAGAAAUCAGACUAAUCAAAAGAACUGUUCCUUCUUCAACUCAUAAACGCAAGUUAUACUACAUGCUAGGAUUCUGUGCUGGACAUUUUUCUCCAGGAGACCUGCUUUGAAAGAAAUGAUUUAGAUUUGCAAACAGUAUGAACCUGAAAAUGCUUCCAGAUUUACGACCGGCAAUGUCAUUGUGGGAGGCGGAAGCUGAAUAACCCUACACAUGUUCGAAUUACAAUCACAAAAUGUCAGUGCCUUCCUCUACUCAUCUCAAUCUCACAGUAUUAUGUAGAGAAGGCCAGUUGAAGGAAGCGCUGUACAUUUUGCUCACUACAUACAAUCCCCCUGAAGACGACUCUACGUAUAUUCAGUUAUUGCAGACUUGCAUUCUCAAGAAUGCGCUUCCUCAAGGGAAAAAAGUCCACUCUUUCAUCGCUCACAGGCAAUUUACAUUUGCCACACGCAAAACUUUUCAGAAUAAGCUUAUGAACAUGUAUGUCAAGUGCCGGAGUUUGGUAGAUGCUCGUAAGGUGUUUGAUCGCAUGAAAGAACGAGACUGUUUCACAUGGAAUACGAUUCUUACAGCAUACCGAAGACAUGGGUUUCCUCAGGAGGCAGUCACACUGUUUCACCAAAUGCAACGAACAGGUCUCCAACCCGAUCAAUUCACAUUUGCCAACGUACUCCCAGCCUGUGCCAAAAUCGGAGCUUUGGAACAGGGUAUGGACAUCCACCAAAGCAUAAAGGAAAGAGGAAUUUCGUCAAACGUUCUAGUUUCAACUGCCCUGGUAGAUAUGUAUGCAAAAUGUGGAAGCAUAGACAAGGCACGUGAAGUCUUUGACAAUAUGCCUCAAAGAAAUGUAAUCUCAUGGAAUGCCAUGAUUGUAGGAUAUGCACGAAAUGGAUUUGUUGAACAUGCUUUAGAAACUUUCAAGCAAAUGCAAUUGGCAGGUGUAAAACCAGACUCCGCAACCUUUGCUAGCAUCCUUCCAGCCUGUGCCAAAAUGGGAGCUUUGGAACUGGGUAUGGACAUCCAUCAAAGCAUAACCGAAGAGCAAUGUGUGUCAGAUGUUGUUGUUGCAACUGCCCUACUCGACAUGUAUGCAAAAUGUGGAAGCAUGCACAAGGCACGUGAACUGUUUGACAAAAUGCUUAAAAGAGACGUGGUCUCAUGGAAUGUGAUGAUUGCAGGAUAUGCACAAAAUGGGUUUGCUCAAAAGGCCUUAGAAGUUUUUAAGCAAAUGCAACUGGCGGGUGUAAAGCCAGACACCAUAUCAUUUGUCAGCAUCCUCUCCGCCUGUGCUCAAAUGGGGGCUUUGAAACUCGGUACCGUCAUCCAUCAAAGCAUAAUUGAAAGUGGAUUUUUUUCAGUUAUUAUGGUUGGAAAUGCUCUCGUAGACAUGUAUACAAAAUGUGGAAGCAUAGACGAGGCACGUGAAUUAUUGGACAGAAUGCCUCAAAGAGAUGUCGUCUCAUGGAAUACCAUGAUUGCGGGAUAUACACUAAAUGGAUUUGUUAAUAAGGCUUUAGAAACUUUCAAGCAAAUGCAAUUUAUAGGUGUGAAGCCAGAUUCCACAACAUUUGCCAGCAUUCUUCCAGCAUGUGCCAAAAUGGGAGCUUUGGAACAGGGUAUGAGCAUCCAUCAAGGCAUAACGGAAGGGGGAUUUUUGUCAGAUGUAGUUGCGACUGCCCUGCUAGACAUGUACGCAAAAUGUGGAAGCAUGGACAAGGCCUGUGAAAUGUUUGAUAAAAUACUUCAAAGAGACGCAGUCUCAUGGAAUGCGAUGAUUGUAGGAUAUGCAAAAAAUGGAUUUGUUGAAAAGGCCUUUGAAACUUUUGAGCAAAUGCAACUGGCGAAUGUAAAGCCAGACUCCACAACCUUUGCCAGCAUCCUCUCUGCCUGCACACAAAUGGGAGCUCUGGAAUUGGGUACAGCCAUCCAUCAAACCAUAAUUGAAAAUAGAUUUUCUUCAAAUAUCAUAGUUGGAAAUGCACUGGUCGACAUGUAUGCAAAAUGUGGAAACGUGCACAAGGCAUCUGAACUAUUUGACAAUAUGCCUCAAAGAAAUGUGAUCUCAUGGACCACGAUGAUUGCAGGAUAUGCACAAAAUGGAUUAGUUGAAAAGGCUUUAGGAGCUUUUGAGCAAAUGCAAUUGGCAGGUGUAAAACCAAUUUCCACAACCUUUGCCAGUAUCCUUUCAGCCUGUGCCAAAAUGGGAGCUUUGGAGCAGGGUAUGGAUAUUCAUCAAAGCAUUAGGGAAGGGGGAUUUUUGUCGGAUGUUGUAGUUGCAAGUGCUCUGGUAGACAUGUAUGCAAAAUGUGGAAGCAUAGAAAAGGCACGUGAGCUGUUUGACAAAAUGCCUCUGAGAAAUGUGGUCUCAUGGAAUGCCAUGAUUGCAGGAUAUGCACAAAAUGGAUUUUCCAAGGAUGCUCUCAAAAUCUUUGAAUUAAUGAAGUACUCUGGGACACGUCCUGAUAUUGUAAGCUUUGCUUCUGUUCUAUUUGCGUGCAGCCAGGCAGGUUUAGUGGAUGAGGGCUGCACAUACUUUAAUCACAUGAGUAACCUUUAUUGCAUUAUACCUACAGCUAAUCAUUAUGUUUGCAUGGUUGACCUUCUUGCCCGUUCUGGCUAUCUCGAGGACACCCUAAAUUUUAUCAUUAAGAUGCCAAUUAAACCUGUGGCGAAUGUGUGGAUGAGUUUUCUUGGUGCUUGUAGAUCACAUAUGAAUACAGGCUUCGGAGUAUUUACAGCGACACUGCUUUUUGAUUUGGAUCCUGAAAAUACUGCGACUUAUGUUCUUCUCUCAAACAUCUAUGCAGAACUGGGCAGGUGGGAUGAAGUUCGAAUGGUAAGGACAUUGAUGAAAGAUAGAGGAGUUAAGAAGAUCCCUGGAUGUAGUUGGAUUGAAAGCCAUAAAAUGGUACAUGUUUUUUGUGUAGGAGACAGAUCACAUCCACAGACACAGGAGAUCUAUGCAACGUUAGAUAAAUUGGCUUGGGAAAUGAAGGCGGCAGGGUAUUUUCCAGAUUCAAGGCAUUCAAUUAAUGAUGUGGAAGAGGAGGAAAAAGGAUUAUUUCUCGGCCACCACAGUGAAAAGUUGGCAAUUGCAUUUGGGUUGUUAAACACACCCCCUGGAACAACUAUUAGAGUUGUAAAGAACCUUCGAGUAUGCGCUAAUUGUCACACUGCAAUUAAAUUAAUCUCCAAUAUUGUUACGAGAGAGAUUGUUGUGAGAGAUGCAAACCGUUUCCAUCAUUUUAAACAGGGACAAUGUUCUUGCAGAGAUUAUUGGUGAUGCUACAUGAAACAAUCUCAAAAUUAGGCUUGCACUGAACUAAGGUGCACCAUAUCAUUGUUAGGAAUACGGGACUAUCUCUCCGACUUUGUCUGAUUCUGUAAAGGAAAUAAUGCACAAUGGAAUUUCCAGACACCCGAUUCAAUCACCAUUACUAUUGAGUUAUGACUACAUGAUGGAUGAUCAAUUGGGGAGAGACUUAAUGUCGAGUUGGAGCAGGUGCAAACUAUGUGUAGAAGAAUUGAAAACAAGGUGAUAAAUGUUCGAUUGUCAAAAGUUUCCUUAGAGGGAGUGCUGGAGAGCAAUGUCGAGAAUCUAGAGGAGUUAAUUGAUUAAAAUCACAAAAUCGUUUCGUCGUCCGUGAGGCCUGAGUUUUAUGUGGGGAUUUUGUCUUUUGUUGACAAGGACCAACUCGAGCUUGGCUGUGCAAUUCUCACCGCAAAUAAGGCUCUUUCUGUCGUUGGUCUUCUGCAAGAUGAGGUAGCUCUCAUGGUGUUUAAGGAAGAUGACAGUCUUUUAGUUUUUCUAUUAUGGGAGCAGAAGAGUAGGAGACUAUGAGGAAGGAGUGUAUUUUGCACCUGCAGACGGUGGUGUUCCUUAUUAUGGAUUACCGGGUGAAGUAGUUCGAGAAGAUUUUUUAACUCUAAUUUGAAUUGGAGAUGACUCAUUUGGAGUGUGCUGGAACAAAGUCUGGCGAAAUUGAAAUUUUCUCAAGGUCUGGUGCAAAUGUAAGAUUUGGAACGGAAAUGCAGACAGUGCAUGGCUGUGCCAGUUGGACUUCAUGGGGGAGAUUGUUGGGAAUAUGAAGCCCAACAGUCACAUGAUCAUUCGUCUUCUCCAGACUAUUCGUUUCAUGGCUGAACAUGUUUAUAAAUGGCUGUGUGCAGCCCAUGUAUGAUGUACUGUGAGAUUGGAUAUUGAUUAAUAUAAGUUAUCCCUGCUUGAGAGUG